GGGCGGCGGGGCGGGGUCGCUAUGCGGCGCGGGAGGCUGCUGGCCGGGGCGCUGCUGGCUGCGCUGCCCCCAGGCGGAGCGAGGGCGAGCCGGGCCCUUCCGCACGUGCCGUUGCCAGCGCGCAGGCCGCUCGGCAGCCGCAGCGACAUGUCCGAGGAGGCGAAGAGGGCGGCCGCCUGGGCAGCUGUCGAUAACCACGUGAAGAAUAACCAAGUCCUUGGAAUUGGAAGCGGCUCUACAAUUGUCCCUGCUGUCCAUCGACUAGCUGAGAGAGUUAAACAGGAGAAUCUGAAUAUUGUCUGCAUCCCAACAUCUUUUCAGGCACGUCAGUUGAUCCUCCAGAAUGGUCUAAGCCUAAGUGACCUGGACAGGCACCCGGAGCUUGAUGUCGCCAUUGAUGGAGCUGACGAAGUGGAUUCUGACCUCAGUCUUAUCAAAGGUGGCGGAGGGUGCUUGACACAGGAAAAGAUAGUAGCAGGCUAUGCAAAAUGCUUCGUCGUCGUUGCUGACUACAGAAAAAAUUCUAAGAACCUUGGGGAGCAAUGGAAGAAGGGAAUCCCCAUUGAAGUCAUCCCAAUGGCUUACGUCCCAGUCAUCAGAGCACUGACCAGGAAGUUUGGUGGCGCUGCUGAGCUGAGGAUGGCUGUUCGUAAAGCGGGUCCCGUGGUGACAGACAAUGGGAAUUUCAUAUUGGACUGGAAGUUUGACAAGGUCCACAAGUGGAAUGAAGUGAACACAGCUAUAAAAAUGAUACCAGGAGUGGUGGAGACAGGUCUCUUCAUCAACAUGGCCGACGUGGUUUACUUUGGCAUGGAAGAUGGUUCUGUCAGCGCCCGUGAGAAACUGGCCCUCUGACACAGUCCAGCCACACGAUGCUCCCUGCCUUCCAAACAGCGGUCGUAAUGGUGCCAACCUGACACAUUGCCUUAACGAGCGGCUGGUCAGUCGCAAAGGUUGGGGCAGAAGGUCUUUCGGGAUCCGCUGACGUGCUACUGAAUGUCUUUUUUAAAAACUAUAUUCUCUAUUUUUUAUUGUUCAGGAACGCUUGUCAUUUUUUUUAAAAAAAAGAGUCACUUGAAUAGAAGUUGCUUUUAACAUUUUUAUUUUGUUUUAUAAGAAGCAUUUACCAAAAAAGGACACAUCUUACAGAACUUGAACCCUCUGGUUGCUCUGACAGCGUCUUGUUGCGGGGAGAAAGGUGAUCACAAUGUAUUAUUUUUAUUUAGUUUGCUGGGAGGAAAAAUUAAAGAUGCAGCAUGUAAAACCAGGGCAUAUCCAGUUGGGACCUGCUGAUGCCUUAUUGGAACCUUUUGGUUCUGUAUUUUCUCCCCUUUGGUUUUUUUACAUCAUGGUUUUUAAUAGUACAGAAUGCCUAGUUAUUCUGCAUGGGUAAAAUUUACCUACUGUGCAGAGGAUCAGGACAGAAGUGUUGCAUGGGCUUUUUCUGGCCCUUUGCACAGGAGUGAAUUUCAUCCUUUGGGCCAAACGCUGCUCUGUUAAACCAGUGUCAAUCCACAGUAACUCCCAUCAAGGUUAAUUUCAAUCAGUGAAGUUACUCCAGAUUGACAUCCUUGUAAACAAGAGCAGAAUUGGGGCCUGGAUCAAGUUUACAGAAGUGUAUUGGAGAAGCUUUCAACAAUGUCUAGUACCUUAGCGGCAAAUCAUUUGGUUAGGAAGACAAUUUAUCACACCUCACAGCUGGGUUGAUUCAUGGGAGGAUAGAUCGGAAAGCAAAGGAAUAUUGAGUCUUCCUGCCUGGACUGGAUACAAAUGUAGCAGGAGGACAAGGCAAUCAUCUGAAGUAUCCUAUUCCUCCUAUAGGUGCUUUGCAUGUUACGGUGUCAAAAACGUGAGUCAUCACUUUGUAUGUUAUGGGCUCUGAAAUAAAGAGCUGUAAUGCCAGGUUUUUGACUGUUCUGAUUCUCUUUUACGAUGAAAUAUUUAAUACCUGAUGGGACAGAACCUCAGUUGGUGUAAAUCAUCUUCACUAGAGCUAUGACUCUUUCCACUUGCCGAGGAUCUGCCCCGAUUUGGGUAGCUUAAGGCCUUAUGUGGGAUUUAAAUGGGGCUUAGGCUUUGUGCCGGCUCUCUGUACAAGGGUGAAUUUCACCCACACUGAGUGCACCAGUUCACAUUUGAUUUCCUCUUUGAUCUUAUCAAAAUAUUUUGUUUUGCUGUCACCCAAGUGUCUGAACAACACCUGUUAAACUGCAGCACUUGCAUGCAAAUUCUAUGAAACUGAGUGAGAAUUUGCAUCUGUGUCUAAAAACGGCACGUGUGAGUAAGAUGUUAUUCCCUUUUUGCAAAAAAGGUUAUUUUGGUUAUCUGAAACCUCCUCCUCCCUGCAGACGUGUCCUGUCAGGUCUAAAACUGCCCCAUAGUUUUAUACCAAGAUGGCCUGCGAUAGAGCAUUUCCAAUAGAGUGAUUAUGAUGGAACAUUGUGGUAAGAAACAGUUUGUAAGAUACUAUCACAGCAGCCUAGACUAGGAACAUGGAGCCAGAGAGACGUUGUUUCAGAUUGAUCGAGUGAAAUUUUCAGACUCUUCAUCCCUUUAUUUUCUAUAACAUCAUAGUAGAAUGAACAAUAAAGCAAAACUAAUUUAAUUCCCA